ACGCCUUCCGCAGCCAGAAGAAGUCGACGAAGGAGGAGCAGAGGAAGGCCGCCCGCGAGUUCUCCACUUCAAGAUGAGAUGCCUGGAGCUGCUGGACAUGCUCGCUCACAGCAAGGCGACGCCGGCCACCGUCCUCGUCGACUCGCUCGACCGCCUCCUCCGCGUCGGCCUCUCAGAGAGGGAGCCACCGGGGGCGGCGAGGACGCCGUCGCGCCCGAGCGUCUCGCCACGCUCGUCGCCGCCGGCGUCAAGACUCUGCGCGGCGCCUCGGUCGAAGACACGCGCCUCGCCUCGCUGCUCGAGACGGCGCGCGCCGCCGCGGCGAAGACGGGCCCCGCGCGGCCGUGCCGUCGCCGCGAGAUCGUGUCCUCGCUCGUCGACCUCCGUGCGCCGCGAGCGAGGGGCGCCGCCGCGGGGCGGAAGAGGGCGCACCGAGCGCGCUGCCGCACGCUGCUGCGCGACUGCUACGUCGGCGGCGUCUGCCGGGCGGCUGUUCGAGGAGGCGGCGCGGGGGCAGCGCGCGUCCGCGUGGGCGCUGCGGGAGGACUUUGUUCGCGCUCCUGCAGCCGGCGCCGCGGCCCUUCGCGCAGGGCGCUCGUCCUGCGCGCGCUCGUCGCGCUGCUACGCCAGCGCACCGCGCGGGCGGAUGACGGCGACGCGGCGGAGUUUCUCGGGCGGUCGGCGCGUGGCGGGUUGCCGCGGCGACGGCGAGGCGCGCGCGCGGGCGGCGGCAGCUCGUUUGCGCGCGAGCUCGUUGCGCUGCUCGGCGUGAUGGCGCGAUCAUCGCCGCCAGAGGGCGCCGCGUUCUGGAGCGACGAGCUGGCGGCGGCGGUCGUGGCGCUGUUUCCGUCGCUGCCGCGGAAGAUGAGGGACCAGUGCUUCGAGGCGAUGCAGGGGCCGCGCGUCGCCGCCGCGUGGAAGGAUGCUGUCGCAGAGGUGAGGAAGAGCCUGAAGACGGGAGGGAAGGAGACCGGAGAGAAGAGGAUAGUGAAGGAGAAGGAGCAGGCCGGCGGGGAAUCGACGGAGGAGGAGGAAGCCGAGAGCGCGACGAACGAAAAGAAGCAGAAGAAGACAAGAAAUCCAUGA